AGAACUGGAAUGCUUUCAGAGGAUGUAACAGUGGGCUUAGCCUGUGGAGGGAGCAGGCAUUCCAGCUCAUGCCUGUGGGGCUCUGCCAGGAGGAAGCUGGGGGCAGGACCCGUGCCAGGCACUGUCUGGUGCGAUAUGGAGCGUCCAAGCAAAAUGGAGUUCUUCCAGAAGCUGGGCUACAGCCGUGAGGAUGUAGUUAGGGUGCUGGGCAAGCUGGGUGACGAUGCCCUGGUCAACGAUAUUCUGCAGGAGUUGAUCCAGACAGGCAGCCGUCCCAGGGCCCAGGAAGGCCAGGCCAACAGCACGGGACCCCUGCUCGUGGCCCGAGGAUGCUGCAGGGUCCUGGACUCUUCUCAGCAGGAUGUGGAGUCAGGCCUAGAAGAGGCCAGUGGAGACCCAGCCAGCUCCCUGCGGCCCAUUGUGAUCGAUGGCAGCAAUGUGGCAAUGAGCCAUGGAAAUAAAGAAGCCUUCUCUUGCCGGGGAAUCCGUCUGGCUGUGGACUGGUUCAGGGACAGAGGACACACCUACAUCAAGGUUUUUGUCCCAUCUUGGAGGAAAGAGUCACCACGAUCUGAUACCCCUAUCAGAGAGCAGCACGUGCUGGAGGAGCUGGAGCGGCAGGAGGUGCUGAUAUAUACCCCAUCCCGCAAGGUUAAUGGCAAGCGAGUGGUCUGCUACGAUGACCGCUACAUCGUCAAGGUUGCCUAUGAGAAGGAUGGUAUCAUUGUCUCCAACGACAACUACCGAGACCUGCAGAAUGAGAACCCGGAGUGGAAGUGGUUCAUCGAGCAGCGGCUGCUCAUGUUCUCCUUUGUCAAUGACAGGUUCAUGCCUCCUGAUGACCCCCUGGGCCGCCAUGGACCAACCCUGAGCAAUUUCCUGAGUAAGAAGCCCAGGCCCCCAGAGCCAUCCUGGCAGCACUGUCCCUAUGGGAAGAAAUGCACCUACGGGAUCAAGUGUAAGUUUUACCAUCCGGAGAGGCCUCACCACGCGCAGCUGGCUGUAGCGGACGAACUCCGCGCCAAGACGCGGGCCUGGCAGGAGCCGCGGCCACCGAGUGCCCGGGGCAGCCCAGCAGCAGCCCGGCCGCUUCCCUCCGAGACCGGUGCGACCUUGGCCGCCCUGCGUGGGAGCUUCUCGAGGCUGGCGGUCAGCGACAGCCCCGCCAGCGGCGUCACAUCCGGGCCGUGCGGGUCCAACUGGCUGUCCUCGGGCGGCGGUGCAUCCCGGACCUCGCAGUCCCUCGCUGCCACUCUGCGAGGCCUCCCGAGCCCGCACAGCUCGUGCAUCCCGAGUGCCCUCGGGUCCCCGCUCGGCCCGCAGCUCCAGCCAUCGGUCGGACACAGUCCCGGGGACCUGCACAGUGACCUACCUGUGCAGCGCAGACCUCCCGACGACCCCUGGGCCCUCCUGCCCAGCUCCGACCGUUUUCUGAGUCACUCUGUCUGGGCGGAGUCUGCUUGGGGUGACACAACCGUUAGGGGACCUUCGGGGUCAGCGCAGCCCACAGCGGGAGGCGAGGCUGAAGUUCACACUCCCGGCACAUACCGCGCUCUGCAGCAUCUUCUAGUUGACUGA